AAACGCAAUGUGUGUUGGUCUGCAGCCAGGAAACCAGUCAGAAAAGUAGAAAAAAACUAAUCAAGAGGUGGAGUCUAUUCUCUACAAUCUAUGGUCAGAGCGAGAACAAGAGGAAAUACUCAUAGACUUAUCGUGGAUCUGAGUAAUUUUUUGCACUUCUACUUUUCACAGCAUGAACAUGCUGAAAACAAGGAGGAUUGUCCUACUAGGGAAAACUGGAGUUGGAAAGAGCAGCCUGGCGAACACCAUAUUUGGAGAGGCCACAUUCAAAAUUAGACAAUUUAAUGACUCGAAAACACAUUGUUCUCCAGCUGAAACCAAAUGUGUCAAUGGAAGAAGCAUCACUUUGAUUGACGCUCCUGGUUUCUUUGAUGCAGGCAGGUCUGAGGAGGAGAUGGAGCGUGAGAUAGUGAGGUGUAUCACAGAGUGCGCUCCUGGGCCUCACGCUUUUCUUAUUGUGCUUAAAGUAGAGAAAUUCACAGAGCAGGAGAAGGCUGUCAUCACACAAAUGUGUGAAUAUUUCUCUGAAGAUGCUCUAAAAUAUGCUGUUAUUGUCUUCACUCAUGGUGACCAGCUCCCUGAAGGAAUGAAAAUGGAGGAUUAUGCUGAGCAAAGUGAAGGUCUCAGUGAUCUGGUGAAGAAGUGCGGCGGCCGGUGCCACGUCGUUGAUAAUAAAUACUGGAAGACCAACGGAGAGGACGAAUACAGAAGUAACCUGUUCCAGGUGGCAGAGCUGCUCAACACCAUAGAUAAUAUAGCGAUGGAAAACAAUGGAGAAUACUACACAGAUGAAAAGUUGCAAGAAGUAGAGAGAAAAAUCCAGGAAGAGGAAGGGCAUAUUAGACACUCAUUAGGAAACAAGUCAUAUGAAGAGAUCAGGAAACAGGCUAUGAGCAACAUCCUUAAGAAGCAGGUGAACAAUGCAGCACGAACAUGGAUCAGAGGUUUAGUGGGGUUCGCAGUCAUAGCUGGGUUAGUAGCAACUGUCUCAGCUGUGUUGUUACAUUCAAAAUCUGUGAAGGGGUCAAAUAAAGGAUUGACAGCUUUAAAUGUGGCUCCGCCAGCCCUUACAAUAAAGGUAGAUGACGUAAGCAUAGCACCAGUGAGUGUAAUACAAAAGACAUUUGAAGUUGUCUUUAACAAACUUAAUGCUUUGUACAAAAGAAUCUAUGAUCCUUGGAAUCCGUUUGAAUGAAUCACAUUUAAAAACAAACAAACAAACAAACAGCAGGUGUCUUAAUAGGUUGAUAUUGACAUGUAAGUUGUUGCAAUCCUAUACAGUUCAUUUCAAAUUCUUAUUAUCAUUUUUUUCUAAAGUGGUAACCUGUCAAAUGUAGUUAUUAUCAGAUUAGUUUAAGGUUGUAUUCAUUUGUCCAUUUAGGUCUCUUACCUUAUGGAAGUCCUUGCAUCUGUGCUUUAAACUGUGUGCUGGUUCCUGUCACCUGAAAAGAGAACCACUGUGAUUACUUUUCUUAAAAUACUGAGCAAAUAAACCGUAAAUAGAGAAGCAAACAGUAUAUAGAAGAUUUACCAAAAUGGAAAUACAUGUGUUUAACAUUCAAAUUAACUAAUGAUCUGAAAUCUAUAAGUGGUUGCUGGGUCUAUGACUUUGGGUUGUUAUAUAUAGGAGCAUGCCACCAAUUUUACACAAGCAUUCUUGCCUUGAGGAGUACUAUAGUCAAACUGUAAACACUGCUGUAAAAUGUCUCCUGUAGCUCUGAUGGAAGUUUCCAAAGUAAAGCCACCAACAUUAUGGAAGUAAAAUACUAAAUCACACUGUGUAACCUUUUUUUUUAAUUCUUUACAUAUAUUUUUUGUUAACAUGUGUUGCUGUGUUGUGAAUGUAUUAUGUAACAAUAAAACAGCUGAUUGGUCAAGUC